CUCCCUCUCCCAACCACGACGGCCGCUGUCCCAUCCAAGUCCCCUUCUGCUUUCUACUCAGCUCCUCUCACCGCCUGCGCACACCUCGCUCCUCGCCACGCUCGCCCGCCAUGUCGAACACGCUGCGCCCGUACCUCUCCUGCGUGCGCUCGUCUCUCACCGCCGCCCUCGUGCUCUCCAACUUCGCCUCGCAGGUCGUCGAGCGGCACAACGUGCCCGAGGUCGAGGCGGCGACGAGCCGCGAGCUGCUUCUGACGCCGCUGCGCGUGGCGCGCAACGAGUCGGAGCACGUGCUCAUCGAGCCCAGCGCCAACUCGGUGCGCUUCAGCAUCCGCAUCAAGCAGGCCGACGAGAUCGAACGCAUCGUCUGCCACAAGCUCACGCGCUUCCUCAUGCUGCGCGCCGAGGGCUUCGUCAUUCUGCGCCGCAAGCCAGUGCCGGGCUACGACAUCUCCUUCCUCAUCACAAACUUCCACACCGAGACUCUGCAGAAGCAUAGGCUCGUAGACUUCAUUUGUCAAUUUAUGGAGGACGUCGACAAGGAGAUCUCCGAGAUCAAGCUCUCCCUCAACGCACGGGCACGCAUCGUCGCAGAGAGCUAUCUGAGCGCGUUCGCAUGAGAGGACAGGGGGCUUGUGGGACAAUUGACGCGCUCGCGCGCGCGAUGCAAUGCCAAGUCAGUCAUCAGACCGGGUGUGCAG